UGAUAACAGCAGCAGAGGAAGAUUAUACUCAUGCUAGUUGCUACGGCAUUACGGCAUUACGCCUUAUCUUCUCUCCUUUUUUUGCUCCUAUUAUUCUUACUCAAUACAGCUAGUUUUAAUAUUUUUCCUCUGUGUCCUUCCUCAAUUUUGCCGUCACCUUCGGGUCCAGUUUAGACAGGUGUGGAGGUUGUUUUGAAGCUUUGCACACAUACGUAGUUCGGAGCAUCGGAAUUUUUACCACAAAGCAGCUAAUUAUGUCAAAUGUUACAAUCAAAGGAUUCAAAAUGCCCUCCGAGGCUGACAAACUAAAAUGCUUCAUUUGCGGCCGUAUCAUUAUGGAGCGUUAUUACUCUCUCUCUACUGUCAAGUGCGAGACCUCUGGAAUGAAAGUGACAGAAGUUUUAGGCCAGUUAAUAGGUGAAUUGUUCUAUGUGGUUGUGUCUGACAGUGAUGUCAUUUGCCGCUGCUGUACGUCUUUACUGAACACUUAUGACAGACUUGAGUGCCUAAGAGCUCAGUUGAGCUCAGUCAUACGUUCAAAUUUGAAUGAGAACUACCUGUCAAAACAAGUCGCAAAUCAUUUAGAAUUUGAUCUCGCACAUUUAGGUCAAAGUAUCUCCCCUUCCUGUCCUUUUUCAGAGUUAGAGUUGAGUCAAGAACUUCUAUCAGGAAAACCGAGUCCUGCAGAUUCAGUCUCUUUCAUUCCGACGGCGUCUGUGGAGCCCAACGUAGUAAAACUUGAACCACGCUCCAUUAUUGAAACAGCUUUUGAAACGCUUCAAUAUGAUCUAAGCGAAUUGAACCGAAAAGAGCCAUGUUUCUCAGAGCCAAUCACGCCUUUCUCUAUUUCUCAAGUUAACUUCACGGAAGGUGACAUUCAAAAUCAAAUUAAUACGCUCACCGAUAUUGAAACUCAGUACAUUCACGACCAACUCACCUUACCUUGUAGCUUUGGCCAUCUUGAAACCGACUUAUUCAGUAAAGCCGAUUCAUCUGAAACGACAAACAACUCCUAUCCACUGGCUUGCAACAUUCCUCCAGACGGUGAAAGCUUUAAGAUGGCUAACAAAAUCAACCCGUUGGAAGAGAGUUUCAGUGAUGGUGACCACAUUGCGGAUCAGGACUCAGCUGAAAACUUUUACGUUCAGAUUGUGAGUGAAUCUGGUGAGACCAGUAGGAGCGUUCUCACACUAGAUAGUGACUCUGCUCAAGUCUUGAAACACAAGUGGGAGGCAUAGCUGUGCGUAGUUUUGAGACAGACAGGUCUUCUUAAACCACAUUGUAAUUUUAGUUACUCAUCUCAUCUUUCUUUCUCAAAAAUGUUGAUAUGGUGUGCAUAAGACUAAUAUAA